CAGACCUCGAAACUGGAUAUUCUAGAGCUUGGGGUUUCUUUUUUUUUUUUUCUUUUCUGCUUUUCUUGCUUUUCUUACAUUCUUGUUUUCUUGCUUGUCUUUCAUGGUUCCUACCCUCAGACCUGUUUGGUUUUCGUUUUCUUCUCUUCGGGUCAUCCUGACCUGACAACCCCUCAUCUCCCCAUCUCGACACUUUGCAGAACUACGGGCAGUCGCAUUGUGUCAAAACUUGCUUUUUUGGUUUUCUUUUCUAUUCUAUUCACUUAGAUCGUGCUUUUUUCAUUCAUCCGAUCAUCGGGAGAGUCAAAAUUACAAUAACCCCUCUCUAACCAUAUCUUACAGGCUACUUAUCAUCAGUUCUGAUGUGUGAUCGUCAAUUCAAUCAGUCAGACCAACAACAAGUAUAAGGCGAGGUGCCCGAUGCACCUGCCACUUUCUUUAUGACAUCCGCUAUGUAUGAUUCGGAUGAUGCUUUUAAUCGAUCGCCUCCUAUGGAGGCGAUGAAACCCAACUAUGGAGAGAACGACACACCACCACCACCAUUUGUUUCGACUAGCGAAAAAGAUGCCGAUGCAGCGGGUUCUCCUCCGUACCACCCUGAGAUUGCCGCAGCCGCAAGGAAUUCUCCAUUGGAACCAUUACCUGGGAAUCAAAAAAAUCAUAAGCAACCGCCUGACUUUGAUCCCAGAGAUCCAAAGAGGUCAAAUCCAUUCUCAAGGGAUGAGCCUGCAGCAAAACUAUCACUGGAACUCAAGGCACCCUCAGGCUCAGCCUCAUAUAACAAGAUUGAGAAGAAACCCCCCGGUUGGAACCAGCUCCAGUCCCGCUCCAGCCUAUGCAGCCAGAUGUUGAGGUUAAAACCGAGGUUGUUCAAAGAGAGCGACUUCCAUCAUUGAGUGGCCAGACCCCACGACUCUCACAGGUGUUGCCCCAUCUCAAAACCUCUCCGGAAAGAGAUCCCCAUAUUCCCCUCCCAUCACUAAAAUUGAUUGAACCCUCUUCUGGAUCAUGUUUCGAAAAAACCCCAGACAGCAGCAAUAAACAGACGCUGCCGUCUAUCCACAAAGCUCUCAGCGCAUUGUCAGACUUCGGCGCACCACCAGUCAACACAAUGUCAUCACCCUUCCCUUUCUCCUCGUGUCCCACAUCAACUACGUCAGGGAACGAUUCUCCAUUCGACCGCGCUUUUCCGGGAAAGUUUUCCAUCCCUGCAAGUCCUUUUUCUCACUUUUCGCCGGUGAGCAUGAAGGACUCAUCUACCAACCCUUCUCCGGCCUCGCACUCGUCCUUCUGGCGCGGACCACCCCAGUCUGAGAUGCUGUCCGUCCAGACCCCGUAUGAGGCUUCCCCUAUGACUGCCAAAAGCCCAGCAACCAGUUAUCCUACGCCCACGGAACAGGUCGGCGCUGGUAUGGGUGAUCGGCAUUCGCUCUCUGCGUCCACUCCCCAGGCCAAUGGGCCCGUGGGUAGUUACAAGUGUACACAUCCUGGAUGCACUGCUGCGCCCUUCCAAACUCAGUAUCUCCUCAACAGCUCUCACGCAAACGUACACUCACAAGACCGCCCGCACUUCUGCCCAGUAGAGGGCUGUCCACGCGCACUGGGCGGAAAAGGCUUCAAGCGCAAGAAUGAAAUGAUGCGCCAUGGUCUCGUGCACAACUCCCCAGGCUACGUCUGUCCCUUCUGUCCAGACCAGCAACACAAAUACCCGCGACCCGACAAUCUUCAACGACAUGUCCGUGUACACCACGUCGACAAAAACAAAGACGAUCCCAUUCUCCGACAGGUUCUCGCGCAAAGGCCGCUUGGUAGCGCCCGCGGGAGAAAACGAAGGAUGAACAAUAUAUGAACCUUUAGCCUCUCGUUUUAUUUUUGAUUCUAUUUCUGUUCACAUCUUGCAUUUCCAACUUUCUUUCUCGCCCAUGUCCUUUCUAUCCUACCCAUUCCGACGUGUACCCUCUUCCACCCUCACUCUCUCCCACAUUCAACCCUGUGUCCCCCGGGUGUUCCAGAUUUCCAGAUUAGCGCCUCAGUAAGACAUGCUAAUCCCCCCUGGAGGCAACUUCGCAACUUUACGCGUGACGAAUUUCUCAGCUGUGAUACCUUUCUGCUGUUUUUUAUUUUGUUACCUUUGGGUACUUUUGUUUUGGUGCUUCUGCAAUGAUACCACCUGUCCAUUGUUAGAAAUUCAUGGUGUUACAUGGACCAUUCGUUUAAUUGGAGCGUUGUGAGUCUUUAUUGUUUUUUACUAUUUCAUCUUCUUUCUCCAUCUUGUCUGAUCGAUUCGAUUGGGGUAUUAUGAAACCUCAUCUAUUGAAAUUUCUCCUUCAUUUUA